UGAAAAAAUCAAAUUAUUUUUAAUUUCAGAUAAAGAACUAACCGACAUCAAGACACUAACCAACUCGACGGUAGCUUUAAAAUCUUCCUACGACGCUUCGAUGAAAGUUUGCGCCAUUGCCCGUCAUCCACUUCUUGAAGCUUCCCUACCGGUCGAAGCAGAACUUCUUCCCGUAUGGUCAGAACAGACCACCACUUUCGGCGAUAACAUGGAGAACAUAAUGUCGACUUCUUUUAGUCUGGUGGGAGAUGUCCGAAAUCCCCAACAAACUCUUUAUAGAGAAAUAUUUGUAAACGGUUCAAAGAUACUGGGAAUCGAAUUUGAUCAAUUUACUGGUAAAGAGACUUUCUUUGACAUUGAUAAACUUCCUCUGCUGACCAUCAGUUACGAUCCAGCUGGUUUACCUCUUCUUUAUACGCCAUAUAAUGGGGCAAAUUCCUUGAACAUCACUUACGAUCAUUUUAAUAGAAUUGACAGCUGGAAAUGGGGAUUAUCCGAAUUAAAAUAUAGUUACGAUAGACAUGGUUUAUUAUCCGAAGUUACUAGUCCAUUAGAUGGUACGCAAAUAUACGCUUAUGAUGAUACCAAUAUGUUAGCGAAAAUAACGUUAGCUAGUCAAAGAAGCUACUCUUUAAGCUACGAUGAUAACGGAGGUUUAAGACAUGUUACUUUACCAAGCGGCACCAAACAUUCCUUUAGUCUCCAACCAACUUUAGGAUUCUUAAGAGCUACAUACACCCCGCCCGGUAGUAACAAAUCAUACUUGCAACACUUCACCAAUUCGGGAAGACUUUUACAAACUAUUUUCCCUGGAGAAGGGGCCAGAAUUGUCUACAGGUAUUACGACAAUGGCAAGCUGAAAGAAGUCAUUCACGGUGACGGUAAAACAUUCUACCAAUAUUCAGAAACUUCUGGUUUACCUAGCCAAGUUAACCAUGUAGAGCAAGAGCUGGAAUACAGAUGGGACUACCAAUAUACAGGAGGUUUGCUGAUGGAAGAGCGAAUAGAUUUUGGUGCCAAAACUGGUUUGAGUAACGCUAAAUUCACAUAUGACUACGACAAUAAUUACAGACUUAUAACUGCUCAAGGCAGAAUCGGUGGUCAAAACUUACCCCAACAUGGCUUGGGGUACAACUAUAAGACUGGGUCACUAGAAAUGCUAGGACCGUUCAAGAUAAUCAAACUGAGAAUCAACGAGACUAACGUCUAUGAUGGCACAGCUCUAUUUUCAAGUACCGUCAAUUCCAGAUUGUUGGAAACAAGAUUGGCUUUGACCAUUCACGGUAUGGAAGUUUUCCGAAUGGAGUUCAGUCACGAUGUUCACGGGAGAAUUUCUCAAACGAGAACUUAUACCAAGAACGUUGGCGUAAAUACUUACACAAACGUCAAGAACUAUACGUGGGACUGUGAUGGACAGCUUUUAGGAGUUGAAGCGCAAGAACCAUGGGGAUUCAGAUAUGACGAUAAUGGCAAUAUGCUUUCUUUAACCUACAGGGGAAAUACGAUACCUAUGGAAUAUAAUUCCAUGGACAGGAUCAUCAAAUUCGGCGAAGGACAAUACAAGUACGACAGCAGAGGAUUAGUUAUACAAAAUGCCAGAGAAGAAAAAUUCCAUUAUAAUUCGAAGGGGCUUCUAGUUCGUGCCACCAAAAGAGGAAGAUUUGACGUCAGAUACUUUUAUGAUCACAUGGAUAGGCUAUCAGCUAGAAAAGACAACUUCGGAAACGUCACCCAAUUCUUUUACAAUAACGGCCUCAGUCCCAGAGAAGUCAGCCAGAUAUAUUCGCCCAGAGACGGAAAACUAAUGUCUCUAAUUUACGACAACAGAGGUCAUUUGGUAUACGCGCAAGUCUACAGACACAAAUAUUACGUAGCUACAGACCAAUGUGGCACUCCUAUAAUGAUUUUUAAUCAAUAUGGUGAAGGAAUAAGGGAAAUUAUGAGAUCUCCAUAUGGGCAUAUCGUGUAUGAUUCGAAUCCAUAUCUGUAUCUGCCAAUUGAUUUUUGCGGAGGAAUCCUGGACCAGGUAACUUCGUUGGUCCAUAUGAAAAAUGGUAAAGUUUAUGAUCCUCUAAUUGGCCAGUGGAUGUCACCGCUAUGGGAAAAUAUUCCAGAAAGGAUACCAACUCCUACUCACCUUCACUUAUACAGAUUUAACGGAAAUGAUCCCAUUAACGUCGAACUGGACAGAACAAGACCAGAAGACCACCUUGAUUGGCUGAAGAAAAUAGGCUUCGAUCUGAAAAACCUGGCUCCACAACUAUACCCCGACGAUCUUCCCGGCGGUACCAUGCCUCCGUUCCUGUCCCACCCGCCAACGUUUUGGAAUCCGUCCAAGAACGGUCUCAGCAGCCAGUUGAAUAUGCAGCAGUCUUCCGUCGAGAUCCAUUCCGGAUUUUUAUCUCACCUCAAUUCCAGAAGAAUGCUUACGGCUGGAGAAUUAUCGGUCUUCUCAAAAUCAGCUCUCAAGACUAACGUUAUAGAUUUGGUUCCAAAGAAGAUUGGCUCAGCUUCUGAUCCGCCAUUCGGCAGAGGUAUUUUGGUAUCGCAGACUGAAUCCGGACAGGCAAUUGUGUCCAGCGUCCCAGCUGCCAACGCCAUAUACAGAGACGUAUAUACGUCUGUGUUCAAUCGGUCUUAUUUGCUGCCUUUCACCUUUAUUGUACACAGCGCACAACAGGAUGCAUUCCACUUCGUUAAAGAUGAGACAUGGAAAGCUAAUGAUGACAAAGGUCAACUGAAACGGCUUCAAGGUCAAGUCAACACGACAUUCCACGAGAUAUCUAAAGAAAAUGGAAGUGGUACAAACUACUUCGACGUAAAAAUCCAUGGAUCCAACGUAGUGAUCAAUUUGAGAUACGGAACAACGGUAGAAAAGGAAAAACAACGGUUGCUUCACCACGCUAAACUAUCAGUCAUUCGAAAAGCGUGGCACAAAGAGAAAGAAUGCUACAAAAGCGGCUUCACCGGAAGCAUAGAUUGGAGCGUUAGCGAAUUAGAAGAGCUGUCAAAAGUUGGAUACGUCAGUAACUACGAAGGAGAGUACAUACACGAUGUCCAACAGUAUCCAGAGCUAGCAGAAGAUCCGUACAAUAUCAAAUUUGUGAAAAAACAAGUAGAGUCCAGCAAAAAACGUCGAAGGAAACGAGAGGUUAGGAAAUCUUGCCGAGACCACUGGUGGUUCACCUUCUCGCAGGCAUGCUAGUGUAACAAAUUUUUUAAAAACUCGAUACGAAAGUAAAUCUUUUCAAUUAACUAAGUGUGAUGUACCAAAAAAAAGAGAAGAAAGCUUACAAAGUAAGCCUUUUAUACCAAAAAAACCAAAGUCUAUUUGUGUAAGAAUUUCAAAGAUGCCAAAAAAUGUAUAUUAUUUAUUUACAAUAUGUUACCUAUAUGUAUGUGAUUCAAAAAGGUUUGGCGUGGAUUUUGCUCAAUCAAAGUGUUUUUAUAAUUUCACAAUAUGACUGAUUAUUGAUGUGUUGCGAAAUUCAAUUCAAACCGCUCUUGUAAAUAUUUUGCAUAAUUAUAGGAAAAAUAAGACAACUGAAACUGUAUUAUAAGUCUAAAAACAAUUUUCAAGAAACAUUUUUAUAUGUACGUCAAGACAUUUUCACUUUUUUAACGUUUUCUAGUUUUUAACAUUUACUUCUUGCUCUUUACAUUUACAAUUUAAUAAUAUCUAUAUACAAUAUUUUAAUUAAUUUUAUUGGUUAUUUAAAAAUGCAUAUAGAACGACAAAUGCUUCGUUAAAGUAAUCCUUAUAUCAUAAAAAUAAAAAUACGUUCAAAAUUAUAGUAAUUGAAUAAGGAGGCAAAGUCAGAAAAUAAUGUCCAAUUAUUGAUAUAGUCAGAAUUGACGAUCAAAUCAUAAAACGGGCAACAGAUCGAGAGGGGAGUCCUUAAGAAUAUACAUAAAGAAUAGGUAUGUUCAGGAGUGGAGAAAUGUUUAUAGUUUUAUGUUGAUAAAGAAAAAGAGCUCCAAAGAUGUGCUAAUUGGUUUUAAAAAAGUAGCAAAGUUCCUGCAUUAGUGGUUUUUUAAACCUACGAGAAUUAUUUCUUGAUUCUCCAUUUAAAAAGUUUAUAGUUUGACGCCCUUUAACUGCCUUGAAAAUCUUAUAAUAAUGUUACCACCGCCAGAACAUUCGAGCCAGUAAAUCGUAACAGUACGUCUAUACCUCAUACCUACCGUACUCUUUCUUUUUAGACGUUAUGAUUUAUAGUCAACAGGACCUGUCACUUUUUUAAAACUACUGCUUUUCUGUCAAAAAUGGAACAUUCUGCUUCAGUGACAAGUGAAAGGAACUUAUAAAAGAAUAAUUCUAAUAUCCUAUGAAAUAUGGUACUACUUAUAGUUGUCUCUAAAAGGUCUUCAAGGCAGAAACUACAAAACAGUAUAACCAGUACUAAAAGAGUACAAACGUUUCUGGUUAACUAGUAGCCUACGAAGUAUUGGAUAUUCAUCUUUUUGCGUAAGGUGUUUCACUUUGCCUCGAAAAGUGUUUUAAAUUGAACACUUGUUUUAAGGAAAUGAAAUUGGGUCACGGAAUUUUGUUAGAAAAUCUUUGUUUGAACCUUUUUUUAGAAAAAAAAUUUUUUCAAAAAUAUUUUGUUCGAACGUUAUUUUCUUUUCGAAGUAAUUUUCUUCGAAUUAUUUUUACUCGAGAAAACUUUUUUCAAAUAACUAGUUGCUUGAAAAAAUAUUAGGCCUUAUCAAAUUCAAAAAAGUGGCUUAAAUAAAAGAUACCUACGAUAGCGAUAGUGAUUUUUCGUUUGAAGCUAAACUUUUGCAAGCCAUUGCAUUUGUUCCCAAAAUUUGAUAAGAAAUGCUUUUAAUGUUAUUAUGGUACAUAAUAUUUAUGAUGGGCAUAAAAUUUCAAAAUAUAGUUAACUAUACUGAGAGGAACAAUGAAAAGAAGAGUUACAAAAAACAUACAUUCUAAUUUACAUGUAGAGUUGUUACUAUUAUGUAGCAUAAUACAUCUAUUAAAAACAACAUUGUCGAG